UGAGUCUUUCCAAGCAUCUUCAUCUGUGAGAUUUUACACCCUGUUUAGUGCCAAACAAGCGCCCACUGUUCCUGAAUAUUGAUCGCUCACUGUGAUGAAUUAGAGCUCAGUUUGGUGCCGCGGUGCAUCGAGGAAAAAACAAUCAUGUGUUGAGAUCCGUGCGUCAUCGGGACCCCGGCAGCGGCGGUGGCGGUGCGUACUGCUCACUGCUUCUUCGUCGUGUCUCAGACAGGAGUGUGGGGGUCAGUAAGAGCACACACCGACCACAGAUUAGUGCGAUUAAUUGAAUCAAUCAGCCGACCAAUCCGUCGGGACCGGGGCGCCUCAACCCGGAUGACCUCCGGAGUGACGGAGGGAGAGAUAGAGCGCGGACGGAGACGGGGGGAGCAGCGCCGGAGGAGAUGCGCAUAUCUGCAGGUACUCUAGCGCUGUCGUAAAACGGGAGUCGGGAGCGAGGCAGCAAUCGUUCAAGCGAUGCCAGGGGUAACCAAGUACAAUUUAGUGGAUGACGCGCACGAUUUGAGGAUCCCCAUGCACAACGACGAGGUGUUUAAGCAUGGGGUCUGCUUCGAGGCAAAGUACAUCGGCAGUUUGGAGGUGGGUCGCCCCGGCAGCCGAAUGGAGAUAGUCGCUGCAAUGAGGAGAAUCAGAUAUGAAUUCAAGCUGAAAAAUAUUAAGAAGAAGAAGGUCAACAUUGUCGUGUCCACUGAUUCUGUCAAAGUCAUUUUGCGCAAGAAGAGGAAGAGAAAAGGGUGGUCAUGGGAUGAGAACACGAUCCUGGUGACACAGGAUCCCAUUUACAGGAUCUUCUACGUCUCACAUGAUGCCCAAGACUUGAAGAUCUUCAGUUACAUAGCGAGAGAUGGACAGAGCAACAUUUUCCGCUGCAACGUGUUCAAGUCGAAGAGGAAAUCUCAAGCCAUGAGGAUUGUGCGGACGGUGGGUCAGGCAUUCGAUGUGUGUCACCAGCUGACCCUGCAGCAGAAAAGCGAUGACCAGGAGGAUGAGGAAGGGAAGGCGGAAGAAUCAGAGGCAGUGCCAGCAAAGAAGAGGUUUGCAUUGUCAGAGGAGACCGACCUUGAAGCCACUACUGAGGAGAGCAUUGAGUGCGUCUCUUCUUCUGACCUGGAGAAAAGCAAAAAGGACGAGGACCCUGGUAAAACCGAGAAGGUGUCUGACGACCCAUCUCUCCUGCUGGGCUCCCCCAUCCGUGGAGCCUCCGUCUUGGGUCAGUCGGCAGAAGAGGCUCCCUGUUCUGCAGAGCACCAGGUCCAGCUCCUCCAGAAACAACUGCAGCAGCAGGAACAACAGGCACUGGCAGCUUCAGAGCAGGUCCAUGUGCUGCAGGAGCAGCUGUCGGUGGAGGUGUGUGCACGGACUGAAGCCCAGGCCAGAGUGCAGAGGCUGCUGCAGCAGAACACCGACCUGCUGCAACACAUUUCCCUGCUGGUUAAACAGAUCCAGGAACUGGAGCUCAAAGCUGCCGGCCAGUUAACAUCUAUGGGCUCACAGGACAGUCUUCUGGAGAUCACUUUCCGCGCCAAGCCCCCCAGCACUUCUUCAUCUACAGGCGCUUUUGCAGCUCAAUCCCAGGUCCAGAUUAGUGACAAUCCCUGGGUCUCCACCCUCCCCGGGCCCUGCUCUCCAGGCACCAUGGGCACCGACACCAGCCCUCUGGGGCUCAGCGGCAGUGGGGUUCGCCUCGAGUGUUUCCGCUUCUCCUCCCGCGGGCUGGACAGCCAGGAGCAUGGCCAGGACACCGGGGAGACUCCCAGCGAUGGAGCCCCCGAUGAAAGCUCGCUGCUCGGGGAGCAGGUCCUGGGAGCCCUGGAGCUGCUGCGGUUUAGGGAGUCAGGGAUCGGGUCGGAGUAUGAAUCGAACACGGAUGAGAGCGAUGACCGGGACAGCUGGGGGCAGGGCGAGGGAGUGGGGGCUGACGGUGCCGCUCGACUCAUAAAUGUCCUGAAUGCAGAAAGUCUGUCAGACUGCUUAGGGGAUGAGAUGGCUGUGUAGUGGUGCUCUUAAAGCUGCACAAGGCAACACGUCACUUAUGCACCACCGUAACGGGAAGUUUAGAAUCUGAAGAACUUCAUUAGACAGAAAUCAUGUAUUGUGAUAUUGGUAAACUGCAUCAUCAACAAUGAGCAUUACUUUUCUGCUUUCAUCUGCUAUUUCCUGUGCACUGAGAAAAUGUCCCACUUGUAUGAGCAGUGGGAAAUUCAAUAUUAGAAAUGAAGAUGCAUAAAGUAUAAUUUAACUAUAUAAUUUGAUCUUGAUAUUUAAAGGAAUACUUCACCCACCAAAUGACCAUUUGUUCAUCAAUUUCUCACCUUGUGUUAGGUUGAAUUUGUAAAGAAAACUUUGUUUUUCUUGUAUGCCUCCACGGUGAACAAAGAAUCCA